AUGUACCAAAAUGUAUUAUAUUGAAUCAAUGUACCUAAAUGUCAAUACUGAAAUGUAUGUAUGUAUCAAAAUGUAUGUACCGAAAUAUAGUAUAUUGAAUUAAUGUACCUAAAAGUCAAUACUCAAAUGAGAGGUAUUGAGUUUGAAUCUCGUGGAUGGCGAAUUUGAUACCAAAUUAAAUUGUUCAUUGUGUGGCUUAGCCGAACCCCCUCACCUUAGUCUAAAAUAUAUCGUUGUACUUACAAAAAAAAAAAAAAUAAAUAAAAUAAACUCAAAUGUGUGUACCAAAAUGUACAUACCGAAAUACAUGUAUAUGUCUGUAUCAAUAGAUAUACCGAAAUAUUCAAAUGUAUUAAUGUACCUAAAUGAAGAACAUACAAAAUUGUUAUCGGACUAUAUAUUAUAAAAAAAUUAGUUGCCUAAAUGUAGGAAUUAAAAUAUAUUAUGAUAAAUGAAAUGAAAAUUAAAUUUAAAUGUAAUUAAUACAUUAAAAGAGGAAUAAAAAGUUAAAUAAAACAUCAAAAUAUAACUAAUAAAUGAGAGGAUUUAAUGUACUAGGGACUAGAAUUGGAUUUUAAUCUUACACAAGGUUAUAGUCUAAAAUUCAUCUUUUUUAAGGAUUAAAAUGAAGUUUUUUUAUUGAUUUAACAAGAUUCUUUCUUUCCAUUUAAGCUUGAUAUUUACCACAAAAAGAUGAAGAGCUUGAGAUUGUCGGUUCGCAGUGAAAGGGUGAAGGAAGAUGAAAAUAGAAGAUAGAAAAGAGCGUCCAAACUAAUAGUAAAUGAUAUUUUUUUUAUUUUUUAUAUUCUUUCUAUAGUGGGCCCAGAUUGAAUACAAAUGAGUAAUGCUGAGUAGACUAAAUUUGUAGAUAAAUUUUUUUAAACUAAAUGACAAGAAAGUAAAAUGUUGGAUUAUUAUUUAAGCGUUGAUAAACGUACUCAUUUCUAUUAGUUACACAUCAUUGAGUUUGUAAAUGUUGUAUACAAAUUUAGUCUCUAGAGCAUUACCUGAUAGUACAAAUGAUGGUACAACUAAAUGUUAAGAAUAUCAUUUCCGCAUAAAAAAUGUUAAGGAGACUUUCUCAAAAAUGGUACUCUCAAUGGACUCUGCCAACGCACAGUUUAAGAUCAAUUUUAUGCCAAUAUUAUGCUUAAAACAUGAGGUGGCAAAGAAUCCACGGAAAGUCCAACUUUUGAGAGGGGCUUCUUAGCAUUUUUUUGGUUCACAUUGGACCGAUAUGUUUAUUAUUUUAAUGCAACUUAACAUUUAUAAAUGAGUAUUGCUAUGUAGACCAAUUUUUUAGAUCAAAAAUUCCAAAUCAUGUAAUAUGACACCAAUAAAAAAUAAGCACAUUAAUCAAUACGUAAGUAAUAAUCUAUUCGUCAAUUUAUGAAUUUUAGUCUAAAAAGUUGGUCACCCUAACAUUAUACCCUUUAUAAAUCUCAUUGGACGGAUCCAUAUUAGAUAUUUUUUAUCUUAUAUAUUGUUAGAUAAAUGAUCACAUUAGACUUAUGUCGUCAAAUAAAAAUUAUAUUCGAAGAUUAAUGAUCAAAUUCAGACCACACGUUUAGAUAAAAAUCAACUUGAACAAUGAUUUUGAUUAUAGCCUAGUAACACAGUCAACUUAUAAUGUUUAUGUUGCUUGGUAGAUAGUAAGAGAUUUACAUUUUCCUGUAUGAAAAUAACACCUAUAAAAUUAUAAUUUUUCUGACAAGUCUCUAUCUAUUACUCCUUGACACACGUUAGCACCCCAACAAAUAAAAAAGGGAUACAAGGUGUAAGAAUCCUUUGUGCUCUACAGAGUUUCAGAGCCCUCUUGUUUCCGGUGCUUUCCCUCUUAAUUCCACACCACUUCUUAUUAUUUAUAUUCUUGAGAUAGAAGGAUAUCUAGCUGGAUAUAGUUAGUCAUGGGAAGGGCUCCUUGUUGUUCUAAGGUUGGUUUGAAUAGAGGUCCAUGGAGUAACAGAGAAGACACAUUACUCACCCAGUAUAUUGAAGCUCAUGGAGAAGGCCAAUGGAGAUCCUUGCCAGAAAAAGCUGGCUUCCUCAGGUGUGGAAAGAGUUGCAGGCUAAGGUGGAUGAACUAUCUAAAACCAGACAUAAAGAGAGGCAACAUAACCUCCGAUGAAGAUGACCUAAUUAUCAGACUACAUUCAUUACUUGGCAACCGUUGGUCUCUCAUUGCCGGUAGGCUUCCAGGUCGAACUGAUAACGAGAUCAAGAACUACUGGAACACCAAUCUUAGCAAAAGACUCAUAAGUGAAGGAACCGACCCAAACACCCACAAAAAAUUAUCUGAGCCGAUAGCCAAAGAAAAUAAAAGGAGAGAGAACCAAAGUUGCAAGAACAGAAACAAUAAGAAGGAAAUGGUAAAGGUGAUGAUGAAAAGCAAGACGAAAAUAGGCCAACAUGUGGAGCCACAAAAGCCUAAAGUUCAUCUCCCAAAACCCACUAGGAUUACUUCCUUUUUAUCCCUACCAAGAAAUGACAGUUCUACUAGCAGCACUACAGUUACUCCUGCGUCUUCAAUCCAAGAUUUAAACGGAGGAGAAGGAGGAGCUUUCGGUGUUAAUCCAUGGUGUAAUAAUGGGGUUGUGCUUUGUGUUGGUGAUCCAGAUCAAGAUCCUAUCAAUUCUUCAGCUGAUGGCGGCGAUGAUCACACACUUGAAAAUCUUUAUGAAGAAUAUCUACAGGCGCUUCUGACAGACCAUCAUCACGAUCAUCAAAAUCAACUUGAAUUAGACUCAUUUGCCGACUCACUGUUAAUCUGAAAAAGAUAUACCCAAUGAGUAAAUUAAGUAUUAGUAUAAGAUAGAUAAAUAAGUAUGCUUGUCCCGCGCAAGGUUUUCAUGUUAGGGUUUGAAUUUUAGGUUUCACGUGCUUCCCGUGUAGUUUGUACCCAUCUCU